AUGCUGCCCAUCCCAGCCCUCCUGGUCAUCGCGCUGGCAGCCAUCACCCACGCCUGGAAGAUCGAGGCAUACAGCAACACCGGAUGCGACGACGGCGGCCACCUGGGCGAAAAGAGCGGAGGACACGGAUCCACAGAAGACGUCAUCUGCGAGGGCGGCGAGAACAGCGGGAUCGAGGCCGGGCUGGCCGUGGGAGAGUGCUACGAUCACACGCGAUAUGAGAGCUUGUUGGGAUACUGGCAUGUGACGUGUCAGGCCGCAGGCGGCGUACUUGGUGGUAUUCUGGAUGAUUGA